CUUUCACAGCUCCUAGGCCCAACAAUAAUAACAACCCGCCAAACAUGAAAGUCUCCGCGGUCACCAUACCCGUCCUGGCCGCUGGCCUUGCCAGUGCCAACCCGGUGAGCCUCGAAGAGCGACAAUCAUGCCCCAACAUCCACAUCUUUGGGGCUCGCGAAACGACGGUACCGCAGGGCUACGGGACUUCACAAGGUCUCGUCAACAUGGUGAAGCAGGCCUACCCUGGUGCCACCAGCGAGGCCAUCGUAUACCCAGCCUGCGGAGGCCAGUCCCAGUGCGGCGGCAUCAGCUACGACAACUCGGCGACCCAGGGAACCGCUGCCGUGGUCAGGGCUGUGACGGACCUCAACAGGCGCUGCCCCAACACCAAGAUUGUUCUCAUCGGCUACUCGCAGGGCGGCCAGAUUAUGGACAAUGCCCUCUGUGGAGGUGCCGGGGCAACGCUCACGGGAGCUGCGCUCAAUGCUGUCAAGGCGGCUAUUUUUAUGGGAGAUCCGCAUAAUAAUGUUGGGCUGCCGUAUAAUGUUGGGACUUGCCGGAACAAAGGGUUCGCGGCCCGCCCCAACGGCUUCCAGUGCUCGCCGGCCAACCCGGCCAUCAUCCAGUCGUACUGCGAUUCGACGGAUCCGUAUUGCUGCAACGGCAACGACGCAAACUCGCACCAACAAUACGUCAACAAGUACGGGCAGCAGGCGCUGGCUUUUAUCAAGAAGCUUCUGGAUGCGGCUUGAGUUGGGUUCGUCGUCUGUGUAUUGACAUCAGGUUACCUAAGGAGGUACUUGUACCUAGGCGUGACCACAUUCUUGUAAAUACCUGUAUGCCAAAAGACAAG